GCUCCUACUCAGACUUUCAACGUGUGAGGUGUGUGUAUGUGUGUGCUGAGAUUGUAGGGUGUUGAGUAGGCACAUGGUUGCUCAUUUGUAGUGAGAUCCCACUUGAAAGAGACAGUGACAAAGAAAGAAAGUAAGAAAGCAAGCAAGCAAGAAAGAAAGAAAGACAGAGGGGCAAGACAAGAGGGAAAGGUGCCAGAACCAGUACAAGAGAGAAAGAAAUAAAGAAAAAAGAGGUAGGGAGAAACAAUAAACCAUUUCCACCUCCAGUACAAUGGAAGACUGUGCAGUGUCCUUCUGGAUUUACAUCGGAGUCAUGUCCAUCUUUGUUGGUGGAGCAGUGAAGAAGUUUCUGGCAUCCCAUAUGGGUGCCAUGCCCUCGGUGGUGGCAUGGCUGGCUGCCACUUUGCCUGGAGAGGCUGUGUGCCCUGUGCAUGCCUGCUGUGCUGGCAAGAUUGGUACUCUGUGUUCCUGCUGGCUAUACUUUUCAUGGGCUACCCCCAAAUCAUCUCUGCCAGUGGAGGGCAAGGCAGUUUUCAUAACAGGUUGUGAUUCAGGGUUCGGUAACGCUACGGCAAAACGGUUGGAUGAGAUGAGGUUCGAAGUUUUUGCAACUGUAUUGAACCUGGAAGGUGAGGGAGCCAAGCACUUGCGAAGGGUCUGUUCAUCCCGACUUACUCUCCUACAGGUGGACAUCACCCAGCCCCAACAAGUACAACAAGCGCUGCUCGACACCAAGACCAAGCUUGGCAUGAGAGAUUUGUGGGGGCUUGUAAAUAAUGCUGGAUGGUGUGUGAAUAUUGGGGAUGUUGAGCUCUCCCUCAUGUCCAACUACAGAGGAUGCAUGGAGGUAAACUUCUUUGGAACACUCAAUGUUACCAAGACAUUCCUACCACUUCUGAGACAGUCCAAAGGCCGAAUUGUGACAAUCUCCAGCCCUUCAGGUGAGCAUCCCUUCCCUUGUCUGGCAUCAUAUGGGGCUUCAAAAGCUGCUCUGAACCUUUUGAUAAACACUCUUCGUCAUGAGCUCGAGCCAUGGGGUGUCAAAGUCUCCACCAUCUUACCAUCUGCCUUUAAGACAGGGCAGAGUAGUAACACAGAGUAUUGGGAAAAACAAUACAAGCACCUGAUCCAGAGCUUGUCCCCAAGCCUUCUCGAAGAAUAUGGGGAAGAAUAUCUACUGGAGACCAAGGAACUCUUCCAGAGUCAUGCCAAGACAGCAAAUGAGGAUCUGAGCCCUGUAAUCGACACCAUUGUGGACGCACUCCUGUCUCCGGAGCCCCGAGUGCGCUAUUAUGCCGGGCCAGGUUUAAAACUCAUGUACUUCAUCUGCAACUACUUCCCUUUGGGCCUCAGUGACAAGUUUCUCCAGAAACUGUUUGUAAAGAAGACAGUGGUGCCUCGGGCCCUGAGGAAACAACAAGACCUUAACCUCAACAACAAUAACAACAGCAUAAAUGAUAACAUGAAUAACAGUAAUGUAAAGCACAGAGUGUAAAAACCACUUUAGCACCACUACUUUAUGAUCUGCAUAAAGUCCUAUGCUUUCAUUGUAUAUACUUUUCUAUUUCUUUGUUUUAUUGUAAAGUAUUGUGUAAUAUUUCGAGGGAUCACUAAUUGCACCAAAUCAUCUAUGUUUAGCUCAGUCUUACAAGUCAACUGACAUACUUUAGCAUCAUGAAGUUAAGUAAUACAAAUUAUAAUAACAAUAGUAAUAAUAAUACAAUUAUUAUUAUUAUUAUUAUUAUUAUUAUAAGAAAGAUAUCAUGCCCACAGGCCAUAUUUAUUGUCAAAACAAUUUCUCAGGUGAGGCCAAAUUAAACAGACAAACUCUAGUUUAUGUAUUUUUCAAAAUGCAUAAAUUCUGGGCGUUCACCAUGGAGACAUGGGACAUCUUCCAACGCCAUAGAUUUGUAGAGAUAUAGUUAUGAGUCUAGUGAUGAAUCGUAACUAAGCCACUGUUACUAAGGCAUGUAGUAUCAUUGACAGAAGCACUUUAAGCUUUUCUGUAUUACUGCACUGAGUGGCUAAUUAUAAUGUUACUAUGAUCAGGCCAGGGUCAGAUUGGGUCAGAGUGCAACAUCAAUUAAAUGUAGUGGGUUAUGUUCUUUUUGUUGUUUGUUUUUUUAGUGACCAAUUAAAUGGUUUGUAAAGUCAGGUUUUUAAAUGUAUUUUACUCCAUAGAUUUGCAUUUGUUAUUUUUGUGGAUGAUUUAUCCAUGUAUAAUUAUUAUUAUUAUACAUUUUUGGCAUAUUAGUGCAUUUUGUUCUUAAUCACUUAAACUGUGAAUUUUAUACAAACAUGGAAAAAAAAGAUUUUUUCUUUUUAAAUUGUUCACUUGAUCAUUCUUUAGAAUAUA